AUGAUACUGUCUCUUCUGAUUCUAGCUUGUUUAUAUCAACAUGUUGAUACUAACCAAUCGAUUAUCGUUUCGACGAAAUACGGUGACGUGCUAGGUUAUGAGACGCCCAUGGCUCGUGUGUUUUACGGUAUUCCAUUUGCUCAACCACCAGUUGGUGCCUUGAGAUGGAAUCCCCCAGUAGCUAUCAGCAAAUGGACUGGAAAAGUAAUCAAUGCAACGAAGCCUCCUCCGGCUUGCCCUCAACGUUCGUGCGAUAUCCAUUCUCUACUUUGUCCUACAAAUAUAUCAGAAGACUGCCUCUAUUUAAAUAUAUUUACUCCAUUGUUAAAUACUUCAUCGUCAUCCUCUCUUCUACCUGUCAUGAUCUUUAUUACUGGUGGAACUUUUCAAUUUCUUGGUGCAUCACUACCGAUCUAUGAAGCAGAACGUUUUGUUAAUACAAGUAAUGUCAUUUGUGUCUUCAUUCAAUAUCGACUCGGUGUCCUUGGAUUUUUGGCAACUGGCACUGGUCCAAAUGAUCUUCAUGGCAACUAUGGGAUACUAGACCAACGAUUAUCCAUUGCAUGGGUCAACGAGAAUGUUGAUGUAUUUGGAGGGGAUCCAAAUCAGAUUACUUUGUUCGGUCAAAGUGCAGGUGGUCAAUCGACAGCAUUGCACUAUGUUUCCAGCGAAAUGCAAUCAUUUUUUCAAGCUGCAAUCAUUCAAAGUUCUCCCAUGUUGCUUCCAUUCCGAACGUAUGCAGAAUAUAUCACUCCUGCUGUUUUUCUCGCCGAAAAACUCAAUUGUACUAUAGGGAAUAUUACAUGUUUUCGUGAGACUUCCUAUCAAGAUAUUAUUGUCGCUCAAAGUCAAGUAAAUGGUAUGAUUACAUCAUUGAAUAUUCUAAUUUCCCUUGAACCAUGGGUUCCGGUCAUUGACAAUUCAGUUGUACACGAUCAACUCAUGAACACAAUAUUGAAUAUAUCUUUUGCACUCAAACCACUCAUUAUUGGAACACUGACCGAUGAAGCUUUAUCAUUUGUUCAUGGUGCAUUUCAUAAACCAGUGUUACCUCUCAACUACACUGAGAUUAGCCUUGUUUUAUUCCGUGAUAAUUUUCUUAAAGUUAUUGAACGUUAUCCACCUGAUGGUCUUGGUGAUCAACGUCCACUCUUAACUCGAAUUACUACUCAAUGGAUAUUUGCUUGUCCAGCGCGUAUCUUUGCUCGUAAAACUGCAACUUAUUCAUAUGUAUUCGGUUUUCCAUUAGAGGCUAAUGGUACGGACAACUCUUCAGUCUGUCAAGGGUGUGCGUGUCAUGGUGAUGAAAUACCUUUCCUAUUUGAAUCAUUAUGGAAUAACUUUACUGAUGCUGGGAAACGGAUUUCCGAAAGUUUGGCUACCUAUUGGACAAACUAUGCUAAAACUAAAGAUCCAAAUCAACCAGUACAAAUUCCACUGGUUUGGCCAAGACUUAUGAACAACGUCAUGAAGUACUUGUACUUUCAAGAUCCAGUUCAAAUUAUAGAGAACUAUUUGAAGGAUGACUGUGAUUUUUGGGAUACAAUUGGCUAUCAACAUAACUAUUUUUAA